AUGUCACCCGCCGCGCUCGAUAACGCCAACCCGACGGUCCUCAGCGCCUCGGAGCUGCCCACGCGCAAGCAUAAGAUCGUCCCCCGCCGGGGCCCCGACUCCAAGUACGCCGACAUCAUCUUUGCGCGGCCGCCGUACCUGUCGAGCCCGUUUUGCGGCGACGACUACGGCGCGGCCGUGGCCUGGCCCCGCGCCGGCGGCGGCGGCGCCGAUGCCGGCCUCCUCGACUAUGACGACGAUGCCGCUCCGGAACCGAUUGACGAGCAAGAAAUCUAUGACCUCAUCUCUACCAUCACCGACCCCGAACAUCCCGUCUCGCUCGGCCAGCUGUCCGUCAUCAACCUCGCCGACAUUCAUCUGACGCCACCGCCGCCGUCGUUUUCCUCCGCUGCGUCGGCGGCGGCACCGCCGCUGGUCGACGUCUUCGUCGAGAUCACCCCGACCAUCACGCACUGCUCGCUGGCGACGAUCCUCGGUCUCGCCGUGCGGGUGCGCCUCGAGCGCGCGCUGCCGCCCAACUACCGCGUCGACGUGCGCUGCAAGGAGAGCACGCACGUGCAGGACGACCAGGUCAACAAGCAGCUCGCGGACAAGGAGCGCGUGGCCGCGGCGCUCGAGAACGACUCCCUCCGGGGCGUGCUGGACAAGAUGCUGGAGACGUGCUACUGA